CUCGUUAUCAGUAUCACUACAACUACCACUACAACUACAACUACAACUACAACUACAACAACCACUACGACUGUCUAGUACUGCUGAGACUAAACCACCCCGUUGCUAUCCUUCCUCAGUCGCGGCCCGCGGAUCAACGCGAUACGUCAUAACGCGCGCGUUUCAGUGUUUUCAAAUUUAUUAUUACUAUUAUUUUUUUAAAAAUAUAUUUCAUUUUAUUUUACUUCGUUUUUCGUUAUUUUAUUAUGUACUAUUUUGAGUGAUCGGUGGACUUGAACUUUCAGAACUUGAUACUUUUGGGUGACAGUUUCUUUUUGUUUUUAAAUCAAGAACUUGUCAAGAUUUAAACAACGAAUCUGCUGAAGACUAACAGUCCUGGUCAUCAGAGACUUCAAGGCCCACUCUUCGGGCCACCGAGAUUUUCAUGUUCACUAAUUUUUAUAAAUCAGGGUCGGGAUUGGAGAUAGACAAGAUGGACCAGCAGUAUUGCCUACGGUGGAACAAUCAUCCAGCGAAUUUAACGGACGUGUUGAGCUCACUGUUGGCGAGAGAAGCACUUUGUGAUGUUACAUUAGCGUGUGUUGGUGAAACCUUCAAGGCACAUCAGACAAUACUUUCGGCAUGUAGCCCAUAUUUUGAAAACAUAUUCCUACAAAACAUUCAUCCGCAUCCGAUAAUAUUUCUCAAGGAUGUUAAUGACACUGAGAUGAAGGCGCUCCUGCAUUUUAUGUACAAGGGAGAAGUAAACGUCAGUCAGCAUCUCCUGCCCAUGUUCUUAAAAACGGCAGAGGCGUUACAGAUACGCGGACUCACUGAUAAUAGUGUAAAUAAUAAGAACAAUGACGACAAAAGCUCAUCUCCGGAGCCGGACCAGACGCAGACGAGCGCCAGGCAUGCCGACUCACCUAACCUACAACCACAUCCUGAAAAAAGAAAACGAAAAGUAUCUGGAACUAAUUACGAUGUCUCGAUGACCGGUGGACCUCCUAGUGAACGCUUUCUAUCCGAUUCUCAGGCAUCGUCUCAAUGUAGUUACAAAUCAAGUCCUACAGUGAUCCCAAAGUCAAACAAUACACUGGGCGGUGAUUUAGAAGAUGGAGGCCGAGCAAUAUCACCGUCAUCUCAGGCGCAAACGACUAUAAAGCAGGAGCUCGAUCACCACAUGCCUGAUUUUCACGACAACAUUUCUCUCCCCGGUCAUCCAGUCGGAAUGCUAGGCGAAGACGGAGGACCAACUGCGGGGGCACUUAGUGAUGGUGUACCUGGUAUGGAAACUUCUGAGCACCAUAAUCCCCCGGAAAUGCUCGACGGACUUGAUGGUUCAAAAGCCUGGCACAUGCGGCUGACCUUUGACCGGGUGCCAGGCGGCUGCAACCUACACAGGUGCAAGCUGUGCGGCAAGGUCGUGACGCACAUCAGGAACCACUACCACGUCCACUUCCCCGGCAGGUUUGAGUGUCCUCUCUGUCGUGCCACGUACACACGUAGUGACAAUCUGCGAACUCACUUUAAAUUUAAACACCCCGAGUCAAGGAAAAUAGACCUUAAUGAUUUCGUCGCCAGCUCACUGGCUCUGUCCGCGUCAAACAAUGACACCAUGAACACCUUGUCAUAAGACGAGCUUGCGUGGGUGCGCGGUGCGUACGUACGCCCACGCAACGUGGAUGCCCAACAACAACAACAACCACCACCACCACCACCGCAGACGUGGCGCGUGCCGGCCCUCAUUCGUGAUACCGAAUUUUUAAAUAAUAUCCAUAAUAAUAAUAAUAUAAAUAAUAAUUCUAUAAUUAAUAAUAAUAAUAUUAAUAACAAUAAUAAUAAUAAUAGUAAUAUAAAUCCGAAUCUAUUCACGCCUGGAUGGCCGGCUUCAUUUCUACUGUUCAAUCAUUUCUUCUCUGAACACCAAAUCUUGUAGGUCUUACGCUUAUGAUGAUUUAUAUAAAUAUUAAUAUAUAAACAAAGUGAUAACGUCACUAUUUAUUAUUAUUAAUUAAUAUUUAAAUUUAAAAAAAAUAACGUGAUGUAUGAGGGUGCACAGUGACUUUUUACUAUAAAUUUUAAUUGUUAUAAUUAAUUAUUAAAUUAAUAAUUAUUCGAGUUUGAUGAAUAUCAACGCGAUUACAUCGAACAUGUUAAGAAGAGGAUACCCAGGCGUCUAAUAAAUUCAUUUUUUAAAAACUAUAUAUAUAUAUAUAUAUAUAUACACAUAUACAGUAAAAAUGGAUUCGUCGAAGUGUUAAAUUUUUAACACAGUAUAUGUUAAAAAUACUCUUGGCCAUCACAGUGUGGACAUUUUUACGAAUCCUUUUUUACUGUUAUAUAUAUAUAUAUAUAUAUAUAUUAUUAAUUUUAUCGGAUUUCGAUGGGUACAGCUUUAUUUGUCUGUGUUAAAAAUAUUUAAUAAUCAAUUUUUUUUUUAAUUAACAUUAGCUACGUUGAUCGUUGGAUAAUGAGGGCCUCGUAAUCCCACGCGGAAUUUAAAAAAAAAAUUUUUGAAAACUGUCCAACAAUACUUUUAAAUUGUUGAACAUUUUUGAGAAUAAUAAUAAUUAUUUAAUUAGGUAAAAUAUAAAUUAACAAUUGACACACUAAUUUGAUAUAAAAAAAAAUGGGAGCAAAAUGUGGUGCCAAUUUUCCGUAGUUGCUGCUGAGCGGCGUCGGCGACUGGCAGCCAUUUUCUUUUUUUUUUUUCUUCAUUAUUUAAAUUAACAAUAAUUAUUAACUUUUUUUAAUUAAUUAUGAAAAAAUUUAUUGAUUAAUGUUAUUAUUAUAAUUAUUAUUAUUAUUAUUAUUAUUAUUGAGUAUAAAGAUAAUAAGCGCGGGGUAAAUCUUUAUUGUUGUUGAAAGUUUUAAAGUUUGACAUCAUAUUAGAUUGUAAUUUAUAUAACCCGGGGGUUGUAGUUGCUGUUUAAUUGUCUGUUUUAUUAUUAAUAUUAAUUUAAAUUUAAAUUGAAUUUAAUUUUAUAUAUAUAUUUUAAAACACUGACAUACCCUACGAAAAUUAACGUUUAUUUAACAACGAAUAUUAUUUUUUAAAAUUAUAUAUCUUUAUUUACAUCUAUAAUAUGAAUGUUUUAAAUAUUUAAAAUAUAUGUUGUUGACAUCUAGAAGUCUAUAAAUAUUAAAUCAUCUGUGAGUAAUGCAGCAAAUUUGUGGAACGUAAUUACAUUCCACGAUUAGAUUGGGACUUAAGCAUAGACGGAAGAAUAUAAGAUUUUUAUUCUACGGAAAAGAAAAAAAAGAAAAAACAAAAAAAAACUAAUGAUUUAUAGUAUCAUAUUUUAUAUUUUAUAUAUUAAUAAUCUAACUGUCAUAUAAUGAUUGGUUACAGAUAGUUUAUGAUACAUAAUAUAAAUUACGCAAUUUUUAUUUUAUCACUACCGAUUAUUUCGUUAAAUAGAACUCAUACUUUUAUUUUAAUAUUUUUUUUUUCAAAUCUUCGUGACUGCAAUUUCGUAUUUUCAAAUUUACCGCCGACAUAUUCAAGUGUCGCCACCUCUACGAUAGUCAACAAACCAACUUCUGUAUAAACAUAAGAGUAGUAAAGUUGGCAACACAGAGUCGGCCAUUUUGAAUACCGGAAGCCAUUUUGAUUUCCUUCAAAGUCGAGACAAACUUCACUUUUUUUCCCCUAAUUUCGAAAUUAAAUAAUAAAUUGAUGGUUUUAAGUUACGAAGAUUAAUUAAAAUAUUAAUAAUUAAAAAUAUAUGAGUUUGUUAAUAUAAAUAAUAGGUACUGUUGGUGUAAUUAUUCAAAAUAAUUACAUUGCACGUUAUAAUGGUUGAGGAUAGUCCAUUUUGUUUGCCAAUUAAAUUUAAAAAAUCUUUAUUAUUAUUAUUUACUUUUCGCGGCAAUAGCGACUACAGAUUUAUUUAAUUUUUAUUUUAUAAAAUAAUAUAUUUUAAUAUAUAUAUAUAUAUUAUUUAUAACAAACAUAACAAAGAUAAUUGAUGUUAGUUAUUUUAAUUUAAAUAAAUGAAAGGGAAUAGUAACAAAUGAUGCAAUAGUAGACAUGGAGGUUAAUUUUUAAAUGAAAAAACUUUAAUAGAGAAAUAAAGAGUCAAAGUAAUAAACUAUUCAAAGAGCCAAACCGCUUAAAUAAUUGUGAUCAUAUGAUAUUACCGUCUAUCUCUCUUUUAUUUUAUUAUUUCUUUUUUUUUUCUUAAUAUCGGGAUGGUUAAGUUAAUUAACAAGAUUUUAAAACAUAAUUAUCACACAUGGGGGCACUUUGCAUGGUUAUAGAUAUAAAUUUACAUACAAUACUAUUAUUUAAUAUUAAUAAUAUAUAUAUAUAUAUAAAAAAAGUUAUAUAUAACCAGAAUAUUAAUAUAUUAUGCAGAUUAAUAGAUAUUAAAAAAAUAAUAUAUUGGAUAAUUUAUUAUAUUUUGUUUGUUUUACCGUUUUAUGAUUUUAUAUUAUACACAAUGUUAUUUAAUAUUCAUAUAUAUGAAUACUUGUGAGCAAAUAUGUGAGCCGUGUGCUUUGUGUUAUUUAUUUAAAAACGUCCGAGUUAUCAUUAUUUUAUAUUAUUAUUAUUUUAGUGUUUUUUUUUAAUUAAUUAUAUUUAAAGACACUUGUCUAUCUUUUUCUGGUUAAUUUUUUAUUCAAAUAUUUGAAUAUUUACAUUUUUUUGUUUCAAUUCCUUGUUCUUUGAAACAAUACAAUUUUUUUUAUACAAAGCGAUGAAAUUUUUUUUUAAUUAUUCAGCUCCGUGACUCGGUGGUAAAAUUUUAUAGAAUUUUUUAAAUUCCAGUUACUGCUGAUCAAAAAAACGGAAUUCUGAUUUUUUUGGAAAUUUUAUUAUUUUUUAAUUUUCUCUUAUCAAUUUUUUUAAAAAAAGACCGCGCAGAACGAAAAGUUUUGAAAUUUUAGCUGUCAGCUGAGUAACAAAAACAAUCUGCUCUGAUUUUUUUGAAAUUUUUUUUACGCGCCUAAAAUAUAAUGACCAAAAUUUGAAUUCUUUAUAUAAUUUGGUAUCAAAAAAUUUUUGAAAAUUCCCAAUACCAAAAAAUUACGUCAAAAAAACCGCGCAGGCACAAAAAGUUUUGAAAUUUUAGCUGUUGGCUGAUUAACAAAAACAAUCCGCUCUGAUUUUUUUGAAAAUUUUUUUACGCGCCUAAAAUAUAAUGACCAAAAUUUGAAUUCUUUAUAUAAUUUGGUAUCAAAAAAUUGUUUAAAAAUUCCCAAUACCAAAAAAUUACGUCAAAAAAACCGCGCAGGCACGAAAAAUUUUGAAAUUUUAGCUGUCAGCUGAUUAAUAAAAACAAUCCGCUCUUAUUUUUUUGAAAAUUUUUUUACGCGCCUAAAAUAUAAUGACCAAAAUUUGAAUUCUUUAUAUAAUUUGGUAUCAAAAAAUUUUUUUCAAACUCCCAAUACCAAAAAAUUACAUCAAAAAGACCGCAAUAAAUUUUUUGAAUAAUCGCGCGAAGUUCAAAUUUCCAUUAUAAAAAAACUUCAAUUUUUUCUCCACAUAAAUUAUGAAAAUUUGAAAGCAUAAACUGUCGAAAAGAGUAAAAUAAUUUAAACCAUGAUGCAAAGUGGAAUUGCAAUACCCGUAGGUGGUUAUAUAUUAAUAUCAGAUAUAAUAUCCCAUAUACAUAUGCAUACACAUUUGAAUAUAUGAGUGAAAUUAACUCAACCGCGAGUAAUUUCCGAGUAAAGAGACAGCUCGAGCUCAUUAUUCAUUAGCCAAAAAAAAACCAAUUUCAUUUCCACCGCAAACAAAGCGCUCUUAUAAUUUAUUUAUUUAAAAAAAAAAAUCCACGAAUUCAAACAAUAAAUAUAUAAAAUUAACCAGAAGAAGACUCGGGACGUGUAAACAAAGAGUUAUAUACGGCCUGCACCAAAAACCAAACAUUGAUUACCGCAAUAAUUACAGAAUCGUCAGAUUAAUUACUAAGCAGGCUGCCAGGCUGUUACAUUAAAUUUUUAUUAACUAAUUAUUAUUAUUACUACUUAUAAUCUUUACCCUACUCAUUAAUACUAAAAAAAUGAAUAAUAAAAUCUAAAAAAAUAAUAUUAUUAAUAUUUUGAUUUAUUAUUUUUUAUAAAUAAUGCUAAUAAGACCACUAUUAACUUUGCACUUCAACCGCUACAACAUUAUUUAUAUAUAUUUACAACCGCGUGGUGUGGAGUGGAACAUUGUGAUAAAAUAGAUUGGUGCUAACACCUUAUUGAAAUUCAGAUAAAUUUAAAUUAAAUUUAAUCUAAUCUAAUCUAAACUAAUUAAUUAAUUAAUAAAUUAAUAAAUGAAGAAAAAAAA